AUUUUGGAUCAAGUUCUCGUCUCGCGACAAAACAGUUACACACUCUGUCCAUAUACGUCUUUCGUGCCUAUGGUGGCCAUCAGGCUCCCCAUAGUCGUGAUCGCCUGUCUUCUUCUGCCAAUUCGCGGUUGGGAGAGUGUGGCCGAUAACGUGCCGUCCGACGUGCAGUUGAUCCAGACUCGCGUCUACGACCAGGCCUUCGACGUGCCAGCGCAUGGAUCGACGAGUUGUGUAGACAACGAUUAUGGCGCCGUCCAACUUGCAAAAGAUCAUGCGCGUGUGUCUGAUGUCAGUGGUUGUUCGGACGUCGGCCCGUACUGUGCAGACGCGAAUUUGUCGAGCCAGGUUCUUGCAGUUUGCUGCGCCACUUGCAGCGAGGGGCCCAAACCAGAGCUGGGCGUGGUGCAUUGCCAAGAUCAUUCUGAUUGCCAGGCUUUGGAAUUUUGCUAUGAUGGUACGUGCGACAGCUGCAGCCAGUGCCAAUUCUGCUCCGAUGCUGCUUACGUCGACGAGUGUGGGCACUGCGGGCCAGGGUUUCCAACGAAUGAGACGAUUCCCUGUCACUCCCAUGAAUACGAGGUCAUCAAGGGGCCGCUUACGGUGACGCAUGCAUGGAAAAAUUUGUCCUCAGAAGAGCAGCUGCUCUUUCUCGAAACAAAGUUUGGCGAACUCGACAAAGAUCAGUCUUCGACCCUGGACGUGGACGAACUAGUGGGCGCCCUAAUCGGAGAGGACCUCGUCGCGAUCGAAUCCGCCAACGGCACGCUCAACACCCCCUUUGACCAAGUGCUACUUCCCAGGGCUUCGGUGCAAGAGUUUGUGGAGAAGCACAGCGCCCAUGGCAGUGCGUUCUUGACCCUCGACGAGUGGCUCGCCACAACUCCUCAGCUGGCACAGCGAGCUGCCCCCCAGAAGGCGUUGCGUGGGCCUUCCUGUACCUUCGAGAGUAUCUUCUCACUUCCCAGCUCCUGCUCGGAAACACAAUGGGUAAACAAUUGCGGGAACUCUUGCAAUAACGCUUGUACCAGUUGCCCGAGAUUGGCGCAUACGAAUUCGAGCGCUGUUGCGCGAGUUUCUCGAGAUUCGGGCUCCGUUGCGCGAACGUCGCAACAGCUUGAGUUCUGGGGCGGGAGGCGCCGGCGUCGUUGGUGGGACGCCGUCGUGAAUGUGGUAAACACAGUCGUCGAUGUGGUCGUGUGCACCGUGAGCUGCGUCACCAACUGCGUGUGGUCGUGUUUCACCGAAGCUGUGGAGUACGUGUACACGUGCGUGGUCGACACUGUCGUGAAUGUGCUCAUGAGCUUCGGAGAAUGUCUGUCAGCUGUGGUGAACGCUGUCAACGAUGCGGUUGGUGACAUGUGCGGCUUCGAUCUCAUCCCCACCAGUUGUUCUGGCGUUUGGGAUUGCAUUUCGGAGGGGGUGAGCAACGCUCUCUCAUUCUUCGAGUGUGGAUUCUCGAUGCUCUUGGAUAUACUCGAGAACAUGGUCAUGGCAAAUCUCCGCUGUCUGCCGAACAUCGCCGACGGCAUCAGGGCUGCCCUAUUCCCUCCCGAAGCGAUAAUUGCUACUACAGUUUUCGAGGCUUUGUGGAACUUCGGCGAGAGGGUCGUGAACGGGAUCUACUCAGAAGCUGCGGCUGUGAGCAUCGACUUCUGUUGGAAUUCAGCCCCCACCGCCGAAUUCACUGACUGUGGUGCCUUCGAUUUCGUCAGCAGUAUGACCAUUUGGGACGUGCUUGACGUUUUCGGGAUGGCCAAACGUUUCGCGGAUACCGUGGCGAAGUUCACUAAUUGCCUCACGAAGAGUACAAGUUUCCCAGGGCUCAGUUUCGGCAUCCCCACUCCCUUCCUGAACGUUGACUGGACAGGAGGCUCGUGGUGUGCGCCAAGCUUUGUCCAAACUGCUGCCAAAGGAGUCAUUGGCGUGUUCAGGUACAUAGCUUCAGGACGGAUGCUCGAUGACCUUAUCGUUGUAGGUGACAACCUCCUUACCAAUCUUCAGACGAGGCUGGAAGCAGUGUUCUGUGACGAAGGCGACUUUACCGUCACAUUGGGCGUCGACCUCCAGUUCGGAUACGCAGUUCUUGGAAUCAAGGCUCAGGCUGGAUGCCUCAACGGAAGAUUCGCCGCCAAGAUUGUCGGUUUUGCCACGGGCAGAAUUUCCAUCUUUGGUGUGCCGUACAAGUGGGAGCCAUCUGCCUCCGCGUUCUUCAGUAUCGGUUGUACAGCGGGGCCCUCCAGCACGGAGUGGUCAUACUGGGAGUCGUCUCUGAACGGCAUCCUGGCAUUCGAUAUUUUCUCCGGUACGGUUUCUCUGCCUCUCUAUCCACAGCCGAAGCUCCAGUUUGGCUACUCGUUCUCGCUCAAACUUUGGCCCCAACCAGCCCCGCCCCCCCGCCUGUCGGAGGGGGAGUUCAACAAGACAUCGCUGCUGCCGGCGCUGCGCCUCCUCUCUGGGGCUACGUCCGACCCCAGCUUCGGCGAAGAAGUCAAGAGCAAGUUCCCAGACCCCAAGCCGAUCCUCGAGGGGGCCCGCAACGGCUCGCUCGAGAGGUCCAACAUGAACAGGAGUGCUGGUGACCUCGCUGGCAGGAUCGCCAUCUCCGUCACGAAAAACUUCUGUUUUACUUGCGACGAUUUCGGAUCGGAGCCUGCCUGGGUCACGGGCCUCUCCAACAUGGCUCAGAAGUUCGCCUGCGCUGUGGGCCAGGCGAUGGCGGGAGCCUCCUGGGGUGCGCUGAGCCUCGCCCAGUGCUUCGCCCGGGUGAAGCAGUGGGAGGCGGCCGGGAACUACUGCGAGUAUUUGUACUCCGACUCGCCGAACGAUGGCUCUGGCAGCCUGGGGACCACAUGCGCCUGUAUGCCGCCGAAUGCGAUGACUUCGGGGGCUUGCUACGCAGCGGUUGGAACCAGGGCCAGCGAGGGGUCUGCGCAAUUCGUGACCUACAGGCAUCAGAGGCUGACUUGCGAGACUGGGAGCGGAGCGGCAUGCAAGACUUGUGUCACGCCGCAGGACCGAGUGGUGAGAGACCAGUGUGAGACCUGCAACGACGGCCAUAUACUGCUCGGCUACGUGUGCUCGGCCUACACGCCGUCGCCGACGCCCAAUCCGACGACGUAUCCGACGCCAAGCCCGACCCCAUAUCCAACGCCAUAUCCGACGCCAAGUCCGACGCCAUAUCCGACGCCAUAUCCGACGCCAUAUCCGACACCUUCUCCGACGCCAAGCCCGACGCCAGAACCGACGCCCAGCCCAACGCCACUGCCACCCGGCGCCACGCAUGUUCCGACGCCAAUCCCGACGCCAGAGCCGACGCUGUAUCCGACGCCAAGCCCGACGCCAGACCCGACGCGGUAUCCGACGUCAAGCCCGACACCAGACCCGACUCGGAAUCCGACCCCAAGCCCGACGCCAGAACCGACGGCGACCAUAGCGACCUGCGUGGACGUUCCAGGGUGGGCGAGCAAGGAUGGUACACCUUGCUCCUGGUAUAACACGGCCAAUGUUUGCACCACGUCUGGAGGCUAUGCAUCGGGAUGGCAGCCUUAUUGGGGCACAUUUGCAGAUUGGGCGAACGAUGGAUAUGACGGUUCGACAGCAUGCUGCGGUUGUGGUGGGGGCACGUCACCGACUCGUUGCCAGUACAUCGAGAUCCCUUCAAAUACAUUCGGAUAUGUUCAAUUGCCGUACAGCAGCAACAUUCGAGCUUUGUCCAUGUGGAUUGCGCCGUACAAGGAUGGAGGAUACCCCUGGGAGUACAUAUUUGACGCACGUACCGGAUUGGGCAAUGGAUAUUUCUCGUUUCUCGAUUGGUCAUCUGGCAACGCGCAUAUCCAGAAGGGCAGUGAUUGGAGAGAUACUAUAUAUGUCAACGGAGUUGCCGCUACUACUAGCACCUUGGUUGCGAGUGUCAAUAGUGCCACGACCACCUACGCACCGUGGAUUCACUUGUACGUAUCGUCAGACAGAAAUUUCGGCGACGAUAUAACGGUGUUCGCCCGAUACUCGCUCAAUGAGAAUUUGCCUGGAAAGAUCCAUUCUGUGCAAUUGUGGCCGUCUGAGUUGUCCUCUUCUGACAUUUUGGCCGCGGCUUCGGGACAGACGACAUCAGUAACGCCCACGCGUUCUUUUUCCGCCGCAGACUUAAGGUUGUACAGAUCGGGGACCGCGUCCCUCGUCGCCAAUCAGGUCGGCACUACGCAGUGCCCGCCAAGUCCGACGCCAGCCUCGACGCCGCAUCCCACGCCGAACCCGACGCACAGCCCAACGGCACACCCGACGCCGAACCCGACGCGCAGCCCGACGGCGCACCCGACGCCGAACCCGACGCGUAGUCCUACGGCACACCCGACGCCAAACCCGACGCACAGUCCGACGGCACACCCGACGCCAAACCCGACGCCGUUUCCGACGCCAAGCCCCACGGUAAGCCCAACGCCGUCUCCGACGCAUAUCCAACGCCGAGCCCGUCGGCAAACCCGACAGCAAGUCCCACGCGGACUCCAACGUCUGCGCCCACCUAUCCCCCGCUUGGGGACGUGCAUGCAUCAGGUACUUGUAGCUGCUCCAGCCCCCCCUGCGGAUGUAACUGUUGGGAUUGCACAGAAGCGCGUCAAGCUGCUGGAUGUUGCAGUUGCGAAGAUGGGGGGAGUUGCGGGUAUGGCGAUACAAUGACUUUGUGCGACGGUUGCAUGGGUUGUUGGUACAAGGGCAAAUGUGGUUGCAGUACUGAUUCAGUUACUUGGCCCUUCUAUGAUGUGUUCGGUCUCACGUGCUCGAGUGACGCAGGCAGCUACUUGUCCUACCAUGCAGUGCCACCGACCUCAAGCCCGACGCCGAGCCCGACGCCAAGCCCAACACCGUUGCCACCCGGCGUCACGUUUUCUCCUACCCCGAAUCCGACGCCAAGCCCGACGCCAAGCCCCACGCCAAGCCCGACGCUAUCCGAAACUCAGAAAACUUGCGGCUGCUCGAACCCACCCUGUGGUUGCAAUUGUUGGGAUUGCACAGCAGCGCGCAAAGCUGCUGGAUGCUGCAGCUGCGACGAUGGCUGUGGCUAUUUCGAUCUCGCAGAUUCUACAUGUGACGGCUGCAAUGGUUGCUGGCACGGCGGCCUAUGUGGUUGCAGUACAGAUUCCUCGACUUGGCUCUACUAUCGGGCAUUCGGUCUCUCGUGCUCCAAUGAAACGGGCAGCUACCUGUCCAAUCACGCAAAGGUUGCUGGCGAGUACUCCGCGGAGGAAUCACUUCCAGACGGCGUGACUGCGGAGGACCUCAUGAGUUCCACAACCUACGUGUCCGCCAAGAAGACCGGUCUGGCUAAUGCUCUGAACGUGUCCGUUUCCGACGUGGAGAUCACGGGCUUCGUCGUCACGACCCAUCCCGAUCGGCGCCCCGCUGCUGUCCGCCAGCUAUCGCGGGACUCGCACGUCACCGUGACAACGAGUUUCACGGUGGAGAUCGUCGGCAGCAAGAGCGCCGCGUCCCUAACCGCCGCGAUCGUUGCGAUGGCUGACACCAUUGAGGCCGAGACGAACGAAGCUAUGGCUGCUUCUGACUGGAGUACUGAGCCGGUCAUUACUGUGGCCCCCACGCUGACGGCUCCUUCCGUGGGUGCAGCGGGUUCGACUGCGGGCGUGACAACUGCUCCCACGCCGGUUCCCGUCAUCAUUGGGGCCAGCAUGGGCGCCGUCGCGGCCACCGGCGACCCGCAUCUGCAGAACAUCUUCGGCGAGCGUUUCGACCUCAUGCAGGCUGGCAGGCACCUCUUGGUCCAGAUCCCGAGGGGCGCGCGCACUGAGGUCUCCCUGCUGCGCGUGGAGGCGGAGGCGCAGAGGCUCGGUGAGUUGUGCGCGGACAUGUACUUCCAGGAGCUGAAUGUGACGGGAAAGUGGGCGGACGAGAAGCAGGCUGGCGGUCUCAGGUACCGCGCAGCAGAGGCCGUCACGGAGGAUCCCAAGUGGGUGCAUGUUGGGAGUGUGGACCUGAAAGUCGUGCACGGACGUACGUUGGAGGGGAUCCGGUACCUUAACGUCUACGUGAAGCACUUGAAGCAAGCCGGGUUCUCUGUCGGAGGCUUGCUGGGCGAGGACGAUCAUAGCCAGGAAGCGACCACUCCUGAAGGUUGCAGGCAUCGUCGGACGAGCCUUUAGCCAAGAAAGGACGGCCCGAGCACGGCCGCCGUCUGUAUCAUGGAGCCUAGCUGGGCCAGCCUGGCGUAGGGUGCGUUCUCGGUCCCUGUUGAUGCUCCUCUGGGCGGGACAACCUCCCUCACUGGCCCAGGGCGGAGGCGCACGGCCAGCUCCACCCCUUCUUCUUCCCCCCCCCACUCCUGCUCCGAUCACCCUUUUUGCGCUGAGCGGCGCUUCCUCGUGCUGAAGACUGAAGAGCACGUUGGCGCUCACAGGCCCGGUGCGGAUGCGCACGGCCAGCUCCGCCCCCCACAUUCGGCGAAACUGUAUACGUCCGGCUGGGUGGGCGACUGCGCACCGAGGCGUUGCUAUUUCGAAGCCUGCCUCCCUCUCCUCGUCCCCGUCCCCUUCCUCUCCUUGCUUCCUCCCUUUGGCUCUUUCCACACUCCCUUCACUGAUCAUUGCCUCCUGCUGCGACUACCCUUUUUUGAGCUGAACGGCGCCUGCUCGUGCUGAAACACACGAUGGCGCUCGAGGCAAGCAAACA